AUGCUGCGCCGGAUAUGGGGCUUCCUACAGCCCACCCGGGCUGGCCAGGAGUACGAAUCCGACCGCCUUUUCGAAGAGCUUUUCCAGAAGCUGGACCACCAUGGGGACGGGAUGGUGGACAUCAUGGAACUGCAGAGAGGACUGGAAGCUAUGGGCAUCCUUCUAGGCCAGGACGAGGAGAUAAUUUUAAAAUCUAUUGAUAUCAACACACAUAAUCUGCUGAACCUUGGCACAUUUAUGCAGUACCUUAAAGAUAAUGAGAAAAAAAUGAAGUUGACUUUUAAGAGUUUGGACACAGAUAAUGAUGGAGUGAUUGGUACUUCAGAAAUUAUCAGUGCUCUCAACUUAAUAGGUAUAUAUAUUUCUGAAAAAGAGGCAGUGAAGAUUCUUGAAAGCAUGGACGUUGAUGGGUCAAUGACAGUGGACUGGGAUGAAUGGAAGAAGUAUUUUUUAUUUAAACCUGCAAGAAAUGUUGAGGAAAUUGCCCGUUACUGGAACCGUUUUACUGGAAUUGAUAUGGGAGAUAGAUGGACUUUUCAUAGUUUAAUUGAUGAAGAAAGAAAAUCUGGCCUGUUAUGGAAGUAUCUGUUGGCUGGAGGCAUAGCGGGUACUUGUUCUCGAACGUGCACAGCACCAUUAGAGCGUCUAAAAACCCUAGUGCAGGUUUUAGAAACACAGAAUGUGAAGAUAAUAAGCCGUUUAAUAGAGAUGGUGAAAGAGGGUGGAGUCAUUUCUUUGUGGAGAGGAAAUGGUGUGAAUGUUCUCAAGAUUGCUCCUGAAACAGCUGUUAAGGUCUGGUUGUAUGAACAGUAUAUGAAGUUUCUUUCUUCUGAAGGAGUCAAAUUAGAAACUAUUGAGAAGUUUGCUUCUGCUUCUUUGGCUGGUGCUACUGCACAGUCUUUUGUUUACCCCUUAGAGGUUUUAAAAACUAAUUUGGCUAUAAGUAGAACUGGACAGCACUCUGGGAUAUUGGAUUGUGCCAGGAAGAUUUGGAAGAUUGAAAGGGUUACAGGCUUUUACAAAGGUUAUAUUCCUAGUCUUCUGGCUGUCGUACCAUAUGCAGGCAUAGAUAUUACUACUUAUGAGCUUUUGAAGACUCAUUGGCUAAACACUUAUGCAGAAGACCCUGGGUUGCUGACUUUGAUGGGAUGUAGUGCCUUUUCUAACUUUUGUGGUCAGUUUGUCAGCUACCCUCUGAACCUAGUGAGAACUCGCAUGCAGGUUCAAGGCAUAAUAGGAGUCCCACAGCUAAAUAUGAUCAGUGUCUUUUCUCAAAUUUAUAAAAGAGGUGGAGUGACAGGAUUUUUCAGAGGCAUGACUCCAAAUUUCUUGAAGUUGCUUCCUUCAGUAUGCAUAAACUGUAUAGUUUACGAAUCAAUAAAACCACUCUUGGGAAUAGCAUAG